AUGCCGAAGACCGGCCCGUCAUCUAUAGGGCUUCGGCAUAGAUGGUCUACCCGCACGUACGACAAGGUCGAUAGAGACAGUAUUUUGAUCUCCGAAGGAUCAUUCCGUGAAGGUUUGACCGGUAAAGACUGCAACCUGAUCGGUAGCUUCCGAAGGCUCAAAUUUACUGAAAGGUUUAAUAAAUCAAGUGGAAUUUAG